UAAUGUGCCUGGGCGAGGACACCUGCUGACCACCUUUCGAAGGUCGUCCUUUAGACGUACUGGAGUACGUCUUCGCGUGCCGAGAGACGCACAGAAGAAGAGAAGCGAGGGGAGGGUGUGCGAAAGACAGAGAAACGAGAGAUCGAUUUUCCCUCCAGGAGAACGUGUGCGUGAACAGUGCUAACUGCUGCCGGGCCGACGAGAAGACGACACAUACUAUGGCCGUAGAGUGACCGAUUCGGCGAGACUCACCGUCAACGAGAUUCCGGGGGAUCGUCGAUGCUCGACGGUGGGAGGCGCAACGAGGAUGACGCAGCUACGGAUGAUACAACGGACCCUGCUGUCCAGGCUGGUCGCGCUGUACGCGUUCAUGCUUCAUUCAGGUAUCCUGGCUCUACGGAUGACGGCCCUGCAGAUACCGCAGCACGUGGUGCUGAAUGAGACGGUACGUAUGCAGUGCAACUUCAAUCUGGACAAGGAGCUGUUGUACUCGGUGAAGUGGUACAAGGACGGUCACGAGUUUUAUCGUUACGUGCCCAGGGACAUGCCCACGGUGCAGACAUUUCGUGUGCCUGGGGUGAACGUGAACAUCCACAAUUCCACGGAGAGAGCGGUGGUGCUGAGCAGUGUGAACCUGACCAGCUCGGGACGGUAUCGUUGCGAGGUGUCCGCGGAGGCUCCAGCCUUUCAAACCGUCUCCGAUCACGCGGAUAUGACCGUAGUCGUGCUCCCGGACGAGGGGCCACGAAUCACCGGUGGACGUUCCCGUUACCAAGUCGGAGAGGUUGUCCGUAUGAACUGCACGUCCGCACCCUCGAAACCGGCUGCCCUGUUGACUUGGUUCAUCAACGGCGACCCGGCUGAUACCCAGUACCUGAAAGGGCCGCACAUUACCGCGGUGGACGAGAAGGGCCUGGAGACCGCGGUGUUGGGCUUGGAGUUCCGCGUCGCCAAUAAACACUUCAAGCGAGGCGACAUGAAACUGAAGUGCUUGGCGACAAUAGCGACCGUCUAUCUGCAGAGCAACGAGGAGAGCGUGGAGGGGGACGAGAGGGUCCUGAAAGCGCCCGUGAUGGAAAGCCGCGAGACCAGGGCGCAAAGUCACACUCGCAACGAUUUAAUCAACGGCAGCAAAACAGCGACCGCAUUCACCUGGAUGAUCCUGGCCCCGAUCGUCUGUCUGAUCCUGGCCCGAUAAUGUCACACACACACACA